AUGGGUCAAGUUCAAAGCGAGGCAGCCACAGUGGACCAACAAGGCCACUGGGUCUCCUCCGCUGCACCGUCCGCUUCUCCCUCCUUUUCUUCCAUGGACUCUCUUAUCGCAGAAGCUGCAGCAUAUGGCAAUGAUGGGAAUGAGUCUCUUGAUGCCAAGGCUCAGAAGGCACUGGAAUGCCCUUGCAUAGCUGACUUACGAAGUGGCCCUUGUGGGCUUCAGUUUUCAGAGGCUUUUGUCUGUUAUCUUAAGAGUACAGUGGAAGAAAAGGGAUCAGAUUGCGUGCAUCCAUUUGUAGUUUUGCAGAAGUGUAUUAAAGCUAAUCCUCAUGCCUUUUCGAAAGACGUUUUAGAAGAAGAUGAAGUUAAGAAAGAGGAAAAGCUGACACAGGAUUACAAAAUCAUCCCCCCAAAAUGGUCCAAGGAAUCUCCAAGUCCAAAAUCCAAGCUUUAG